AGCUGAGACAACAAGGUUUUAAAAGAGGUGAACAGGGAGGAAAGGCUAGGGCUCCCAGAACUGGGAACUGGCCAAGAUGACUCCUAAAGGUCUAGUCAGUGGAUGACGAGUGACGUGCUUGAAGAAGCUGCUUCCUCAGCUCUUAGGUUGGGCUUGGUGCCAGAGCCUGGCCAGGGCAUAGCAACAGGGAGGGCAGUGCCUGCCCUUAAGGCGGUCAGUUCAAAAAUAACCUGCCAGCCAGUCAUAGUGACACAGGCCUUUCUUUAAUCCCAGCCUUGGGCAAGUGUCUCUGUGAGUUCAAGGCCAGCCUGCUCUACAUGAUGAAUUCCAAGACAAUCAGAGUUACACAGUGAGACCCUGUCUUGAAAUAGAACAAAAAGCAAAGAACAAAGCGCCAGGGAUCCGGAGAGGCAGCAGCUCCAGUGCUGAGACCAUCCACCCAUCACUAGCCUGCUCUCUGGGGCGACUGCGGACCGCAGAUAAGGGUCCCCGCACCAGGACACGCCUAAGGGCUGGCGGCCAGGAAGGGGGCUUGCAGGAGUGGGAGCACAGAAAAGCAGGUCGGCCUGGUGCCACCCGCGCCUCUCACCUGUGCCCGUGACCCUCCAGGGCGGGAAGUGCACGCAGAGGCAGAGGAAACUGGCCAAGGUGGAGCUCCUGCGAGCAAGGAUCUUGCCUGUCUGUCCCGCGCGCCCACUGGGAUGUUUCGCCAGUGGUCGGUGCAGUCAGGACCAGCCCCACGAAGGCCUGAAUCCCAGGCGGCCUCGGAGGAGCUGUGGGAGCAAGAAGUGGAGCGGCUAUGCGCCUCCCGGACGCCUGUGCGGAUGCUGCCUUACGCCAUGGCAGACAAGCGCUUCAUCCGGGAACUGCGGGAGCCCGAGGGAGUGAAGACCACCUUCUGGCAGCGGUGGCAUCGCCCGAGGCGGGUGGCGCGACAACACCUGAGGGAGGCAGAGCAACGGCUGGCCCGCGGCUUCGGUCUCUGGGAGGGAGCUCUCUACGAGAUUGGGGGCCUCUUCGGAACCGGGAUCCAGUCCUACUUCACUUUCCUUCGCUUCCUGCUGCUGCUCAACCUGCUGACCAUGCUGCUGACUGCCUGCUUUGUGCUGCUGCCCCUGGUCUGGCUCCGCCCCCCUGAGCUAGGCCCUGCCCUGAAACUGACAGGACUCCAGUGCUCCAGCAGCCCCCUGCCUCAGAGUGACAUUCCAAGGUUUCACAACCCACUUUGGAAUAUUUUAACGGGCAGAGCCUUCAACAACACCUAUCUCUUCUACGGUGCCUACCGAGCGGGGCCAGAGAGCAGCUCUGAAUACAGCAUCCGCCUGGCCUACCUCCUUAGCCCGAUGGUCUGCCUGCUCCUCUGUUUCUGUGGGAUACUGCAGAGGAUGGCAGAAGGCCUACCCCAGCAGACACUCUUGGGUCAGCGCUACAGGACACCCCUCAGCGCCAAAGUGUUCUCAUCCUGGGACUUCUGCAUCCGGGUGUGGGAAGCCGCCACCAUCAAGAAGCACGAAAUCAGCAAUGAACUGAAGAUGGAGCUGGAAGAGGGCCGCCGCGUGGAGCUGGCUCAACAACAGACCAGGGCCCAGAAGGCCUGCCGCCUGCUCACCUACCUUCGCACCAACAUCCUCAUUGUGCUCCUAGUGGUCGGAGCCAUCAGCGCCAUCUUCUGGGCCACCAAGUACUCACAGGACAACAAGGAGGAGUCCCUUUUUCUGGUGCUCCAGUACUUGCCUCCUGGAGUCAUCUCCCUGGUCAACUUCCUGGGCCCCCAAUUGUUCACAGUCCUGAUCCAGCUGGAGAACUACCCUCCCGGCACUGAAGUCAACCUCACCCUGAUCUGGUGCGUGGUGCUGAAGCUGGCCAGCUUGGGCAUGUUCUCCUUCUCCCUGGGUCAGACGGUGCUGUGCAUAGGCAGAAACAAGACCAGCUGCGAGUCCUACGGCUACAACGCUUGCGACUACCAGUGCUGGGAGAACUCGGUGGGCGAAGAAUUAUAUAAGUUAAUCAUCUUCAACUUCCUGCUCACCGUGGCCUUCGCCUUCCUGGUCAGCCUGCCUCGAAGGCUGUUAGUGGAGCGCUUCUCGGGCUGGUUCUGGACUUGGCUAGACCGGGAGGAGUUCCUGGUGCCUAAGAAUGUGCUGGACAUCGUGGCUGCACAGACUGUCACCUGGAUGGGCCUCUUCUACUGCCCCCUGCUGCCACUACUCAACAGUGUCUUCCUCUUUCUCACCUUCUACAUCAAGAAGUACACCCUCCUGAGGAACUCCAGGGCGUCCCCGCGGCGUUUCCGAGCCUCCAGCUCCACCUUCUUCUUCCACCUGGUGCUGCUCCUAGGCCUGCUUUUGGCUGCAGUACCUCUGGCCUACGUGAUCAGCAGCACCCACUCCUCCUGGGACUGUGGCCUCUUCACAAACUAUUCGGCCCCCUGGCAGGUGGUACCCGAGCUGGUAGCCCUCCAGCUCCCACUUCCUAGCCAGCGUGCCCUCCGUUACCUCAGCUCCCACGCCUUCAGCUUCCCACUCCUCAUUCUGCUCAGCAUCGUCCUGACGGUUUGCAUCUCCCAGUCCCGGGCGAAUGCCAGAGCCAUCCAGGGGCUGAGGAAGCAACUGGUGUGGCAGGUCCAGGAAAAGUGGCACCUGGUGGACGACCUGUCGCGGCUGCUGCCAGAACUGAGCCCAGAGCCCGGGUCCCCUCACUCUCGAGCUUCGCGUCCACGAUCCUUCUGUCCUGGAUUUCCAUGCCCAGGCUCGCCCGGUCCCAGGACACCCAGGCUGGCACCCUCCAACAGGCUGAGCUCCUCGAGCCUCGGAGCCCCCAGUGCCUCGGUUCCUGCCUCCAGAUUUCACUUCCCCAGCCGCACAGAGCUGUAGCACCGACCCCACGUCCCUUGGCUCUGCCGCAGCUUCCUCCAGUGCCUCCUGCACUCUCAGCCCUUCCACCACCUCCUUAGGCCCACAAUCUCUGCCCCCCCCCCGCCGCCCCCGCCCAAACCACUGCAUACAGAUGGCUCCUGGUCCUCUAGCAAGGUUCUCCAAAGCAAGCCACACCCUCAGGAAGAACAUGAGAAUUUCUACCUCUAUUUUAUUUUAUCUCAUUCCUUCAAUUUUUUUAUUGAGUGUUCUAUAGUGUACAUAACAGUAUGAAUAUAAACUCAUGGAUGCAAUUUAUAAAUAUAUAUAUAUAUGUAUA